AUGAGCCGUGCCCGUGUGUACGCUGAUGUGAACGUCACCAGGCCAAAGGAGUACUGGGACUAUGAAGCCCUUUCUAUUCAAUGGGGGAACCAGGACGACUAUGAGGUGGUGCGGAAAGUGGGCAGAGGAAAGUAUAGCGAGGUCUUUGAGGGCAUCAACACAAUCAACAACCAGAAAUGCAUCAUAAAGAUUCUGAAGCCAGUAAAGAAGAAAAAGAUCAAGAGAGAGAUCAAAAUCCUGCAGAACCUCUGCGGAGGACCCAAUGUCAUCCAGCUGCUUGAUGUUGUGCGCGACCCUCAGUCAAAGACACCGAGCCUGAUCUUUGAGUGCGUCAACAACACUGACUUCAAGACGCUCUACCCCACGCUGGUCGACUACGACAUCAGAUACUACAUCCAUGAGCUUCUGAAGGCACUGGACUACUGCCACUCACAGGGGAUCAUGCACCGGGAUGUGAAGCCGCACAAUGUCAUGAUUGACCAUGAGCAGAGGAAACUGCGGCUCAUUGACUGGGGCCUUGCAGAGUUCUAUCAUCCUGGCAAGGAGUACAAUGUCAGGGUGGCGUCCCGCUAUUUCAAGGGCCCGGAGCUGCUGGUGGACUUGCAGGACUAUGACUACUCUCUGGACCUGUGGAGCUUGGGUUGCAUGUUUGCCGGGAUGAUCUUCCGCAAGGAGCCUUUCUUCUACGGCCAUGACAACUACGACCAGCUGGUGAAGAUUGCCAAGGUGUUGGGAACGGAGGAGCUGGAUGCAUAUCUGCAGAAGUACGGCAUCGAACUGGAUGCGCAGCUGGAGGAGUUGGUGGGCAGGCACUCGCGCAAGCCCUGGACAAAGUUUGUCAACAGUGAGAACCAGCACCUCGUCUCGCCCGAGGCCCUGGACUUCCUUGACAAGCUGUUGCGCUACGAUCAUCAGGAACGGUUGACUGCCAAGGAGGCAAUGGCGCACCCAUACUUUGCAGCUGUCAGAGCACAGGAGGCGAGUGCUUGA